AUGGAGCAACGAAUGAAAACAAUCUUAUCAAAUCAUCCGGAGUUCAAGCAGUACCUCGCCGUUUCAUAUCCUGAUUGGUUCGAGAAAGGGGAGGGGAAAUAUGGUCAACUGAAAGAAGAGUUUCUUCAGGAUGCAGUGAACGAAGCUGACUUUUUCGAUAUUGAAGGCAAGAAGAAAUCGAAAAAAAUGCCGAAAACAAAGGAUGCGAGAGUUGCAACAAAACAUGGACUUAUUCUCUGCAGACGUUGUCGCCUCUGGCAUGAAAAACCAAACAAUGAAGAACCUCAAUACAUCUGCACUCAUUUGCCUGUGGAACAAAUUGUACAGGCGGUGGAAAAAAUAGAAGAAGAAGUGAAAAACGAGGAGCCAGUUUUGGAGUCAAAAGCCAACUUCUGGCACAUUGUGGCUAGGUAUGCUAAGCGUGGCUUGGCAAUGAAUGCUGGCAAAACUGUUCAUCCUAUUCGGGAGGUUGUCAAGUUUCUGGAAGGCGAGGAAUCCCAUGAGUGGGCUUGGGUGGCUCAGGAGGGGAGAACUGUGUUCCGCUUCACCACAGACAUGGAAAAAGUGAUGGAAAAGCAACUUGAAGAGCUUCUAGAGCUAACGAAAGAGGCCCUUCUGCCAAAUCGUGAGAAAAUGCGAAGUAUCUUCAAUGCGUCUUGCUCGUAUCCAAUUAUGGACACAGACGCUAUGCGCGCGGACAUCGUGUUGGAUAAGUCCACAAUGUUGGUUGUGGAGUUCACCUUGAGAGAAGAAAGCUUCUUGUUGAGAGCGUUCCACAGAUUCGAAGUUCAUCCAGAAGUUGCCGCCCAAGAGAAACAACAGGAAGGAACCAAGCAGAAACAUCGGAAGUCGAAGAAGAACAAGAACAAGAAAAAAUUCUGA